AUGGCGUCCACAUCCGCCUUCGUCCUCCAAGAGACGCACGAGCACAUCAUUGCACCGGACGAUUCCGAUUUCCUCGACUCGGACGCCGAGAGCAGCUCUACGCCUCACCCGGACGACCACCUCAUCGAGUCCGCUGUGCUCGAAGAUCUUCACUCUGCACGCCACUCCCCCUCGCGACGCACCCGUCAGACAAGUCCGCACAAGCUCUACCCCGCCCACCCGCUCAUCCGCAUCCACAAACGACUCUGGUUCACCUACUUCGCCGGCGACCUUCCCUCCGAGGACGAUCUCAACGAGCACGACGGUCAACCACCCGCUUGGAAGAACUUCGACGAUGCCGAGAUCAAAAAGUACGUCGAUCCUUCGGAGACCAAUCCGGCGAGAUUGCACUGGUUCAACAUCGAUCACGAUCUGGUCUACCUCAGCUUCUGGUUCGACUGGGGUCCCCUGAACGUAGGCAUGUUCUACAGGUUCUGUCUGCACGUGCAUCACAUGCUCACCGAUCCCGAGAUGCAGGACGCCACGUUGGUGCUGUACACCACCGACGCGCCGGCUCAGAAGGCCAACGCUGCGCUGUUGGUGACGCUGUAUGCCAUGAUCAUCGGCAAGGUUUCGCCGGCGGAUGCGUUUUAUCCGAUCUCGGAGCUGGAAUUCAAGCCGUUCAGAGACGCCGGGUACGGGAGGGCGGACUACAACCUUUCCAUUCAGGAUGUUCUGUACGGCGUCCAUCGCGCUAUCAAUACGGGGUUGCUCGAUCUGACAACGUUCAACUUGGACGAGUACGAAAAGUACGAACAGGUCUCCAACGGCGAUUGGAACUGGAUCACUCCGAACUUUAUCGCUUUCGCUUCUCCCAACGAUCGGUCUUACGUCGAAGCCUUGCGGGUGGGCGAAGGCCGUCUUCCGGCUUCGUACUCGUUCCGUCCACCUGGUGAGGACAAGUUGUUCGGGAAAACGAUCAGGUACUUCAAGGACCGAGGUGUCAAACUCGUCGUACGUCUCAACAACCCGCUGUACGAUCGCGAAGCCUUCCUCAACGCCGGCAUCGAUCACAGCGAUAUGUACUUUGACGACGGAUCCAACCCUACGGACGAGAUCCUCAUCGAUUUCAUCGACAAAGCGGACAAGGUGAUUCAGCAGGACGGCGUGGUUGCAGUACACUGCAAAGCCGGGUUGGGCAGGACAGGUGUACUGAUCGGAGCCUAUCUGGUGUGGAAGCACGGGUUCAGUGCAGGCGAGGCGAUCGGGUUCAUGAGGUUCAUGAGACCCGGUUGCGUGGUGGGACCGCAGCAGCAUUUCAUGUACCAGAACUUUGUCGAGUGGAUCAAGUGGGGGGUGAGGGACCAUGCGAUGAAGGAGGCGAGGGAGUUGGUCGAGGCCGAGAGGAGGAAGAUCGAAGACAGUGCUGCUGCUGCUGCUGCUGCUGCUGCUGCGGCUGCGGCGGGGGCAGUGUCGAUGGCGACUCCGAAGAGGGCGUCGGUGAAGCGAAGAGCGGUCGGGUCGGAUGCUGCCAAAGGCGAUGACGAUGACAGCUUCGACCGAUCCGAUGCAGACGUUUCACUCGAUGAUGACAUGCGUCACGCCCAAGGUCUUCGAAACACACGCAAGAAAUCCGCACAAGACUCGAGCGACGAUUCCUCGGAUGAAUCGCAACCGCCGCGACAGAAGCAAAAGCCUUCGUCCACCGUUCCGACCGCCGCCGAAGCGCCGGUCACACCCAAAGCGCAACGCGGGACGUCUCGAGCGAUCCCCGCGUCGGCUGCCCCCGUCUCCAAACCCGCACCGUGCGUAGGGCAACCGCGCAAAUCGCCGUCUCCAUCCCGGAAACGACCUGCCAUCCAGGCGCCGGCGACGGUGGCUAGGCUGGAACUCAACUCCAAGAGGUAUCCUGCUGCGACGAGGUCGUUCAACAACCACCUGCUGUUGAGCUCGCAUGCGACGCUCGCUGCGCCUGUACACGUGGACGCUCCCGUCAACGUCGUGGGUGAGGUGGAAUCUGAGGUCGAACACGUCGACCAACCUGGUGCAGCUGCACUCGCCUCCGCCUCCCCCGGCGUACUCGUGGAGUCGAGGAUCAACGUCUCGACCACACCUCGAACUUCACCCAAAGCAUCGGCCACCCACGUCACGCCAAUCUCCUCCUCCCCGGUAGCACGCGUUCGGACCAUCGAACGAUCUCGCUCCAACACGAUCGCCACCACCACCGUCGUCGCUACACCUCCACGCUCGUCGAGUCGACCGGACGCCAAGCCGGAGGUGUUCCGUGCCAGCCCCAGCGUACGCGAGCGGUUCGGGCUGAAGGAUUGCAGCAACGGCGGCAGCACGAACGAGGUCGAGACGAGAGAUGGGAAGAGCGAUGCGGAGGUGUUGGGUGUGAUCGAGUGCAUACCCCAGCUUUCGCCUGCGGUAGCGGUGAGGAGGUACGGUUCGAUCUCGCCGGUGAGGGUGGCCAAGGUGUCGACGGCGGUGGUGGAGGAGGGGGGAAGGGAGAAGAAGGUGGAGGUGGAUGGGGAGAAUGUUCGACCGGGGGGUGUGGUUCGUGCGCCGUUGACGGCGGGGGUGGUGAGUAAAGGGGUGAGGACGGUCAAGACUCCCGUGCCUAGCGCGAGCAGUAGUGCGAGGAUCGUUACUGCCAGGAAACCGAUCUCUGCACGUCCCACAACUUCGACGGCAGGGGCAACAACCCAACGAUCUGUAUCUGCGAAACUGCAGCCUUCCACGAGCACCGCCAGGGUUGUCCCGCUGAGGAGUCAAAAGAGCACCACCGACAUUCGCACCACCGCUGCGUCCUCCUCCUCCACCAUCCCACCCGUUCCGCGGGUGAACAGGACCGUCAGCAGCAGCAGCAACUCGAGCACCACCGCCACCACCGGUGUGACGGUCAGCAGACCAGGUAGCAGGUUGACCGCUCCCACCGCUGCCAGCGCCGCACGCGCCGCCGCCGCCGCCGCGGCGAAGCGCACGACGACGCCGACGAUCAGACCUCAGAUCGUGGGGACGGCGGGGAUGGUGAGGAAGACGAGUGGAAAGGUUGCCGGCGGUGCGGUUAGGAGGAGUAGGAGGAGCAGUACUGGUGAAGCUGGGUUGGACGUUGUUGCUUGA